CAAAAUGGCAGGAGAAGGAGUACAAGAAAACUUCGGUUGUACUCAUUAUAAAAGAAAAUGUAUCCUGAUAACACCAUGUUGUGAUAAAGAAUACACCUGUAGAGUUUGUCAUGAUGACAAUGAAAACCACGAGUUAAAUAGAAGAAGUGUUGAGAAACUAAAAUGUAUGAAAUGUAAUACCAUUCAAAAGGUAUCAAGAACUUGCACCAACUGUGAUAUAGAGUUUAGUAAAUAUUGUUGUAAUAUUUGUAAUCUAUAUGAUGAUGAUAUUAGUAAAAAACAAUUUCAUUGUGAAUUCUGUGGCUUGUGCAGACUUGGUGGUCGAGAGAACUUUUUUCAUUGUAAAAAAUGUGAUUUAUGUUUAGCAACAUCAUUGAAAGGUAAUCAUAAGUGUGUUGAGAAGGUGUCCCAUGAUGUUUGUGCAAUAUGUCGAGAUGAUUUACAUACAUCAAGAUUAAAACUACAUGUUCCUGAUUGUGGACAUUUAAUACACUAUGACUGUUAUUAUAACCUGCUCAAAUCAAACAACUAUGCGUGUCCAACAUGUAAUGAGUCAUUGGUAGAUAUGGGAGAUGUUUGGAAACAUUUAGAUGAAGAUUUAGCUAACACUGAAAUGCCUGAAGAGUAUAAGAAUGUGAUAUUAGAUAUAUUAUGUCGAGAUUGUCAUAAGACAAGUAAAGCCAAGUUUCAUGUGGUAGGGUUAAAAUGUGGAGAAUGUGGUUCAUAUAAUACCUGUAGAAACUGAUAGUUUAAUUCAAUCUUUUGAG